UAUUGGGAUUUUCCUUUUUCUAAAUUCUCUUAAUCUGUGACUUUUUUCUUAAGCCAUUGGAAGAAAGUUUGGUUCUUUAUGUUUCUGUGGGGGGAUGAGGGGGGUUAGGUGUUAUUGUGAAGUGUAAAUUAGAGAACCCAGCAGAAAAGAUAAACUGCAAAGUGGUGCCUUUUGGAUUGAAGAAGAAGAUAUGGACAUAACAGAGGUUUCAAUAAUACACCAUGUGGGGAUUGUGUUAUCUGUGCUUUGGUUGCUUUCUCACUUCAAUUGCUGCCACCCAGUUGCCUACUUUGCCUCUCUGAUUUAUCUCUACCUGGUUCACGACGAGUAUGUUAUGAGAUUGCGGAAGAAACUACAAUUUGAGGAACGGAAACAGGCUAAUCAGAAACGGGUACUUUCUGAUUCUGAAACACUGCGGUGGUUGAACCACGCAAUUGAAAAGAUAUGGCCUAUAUGUAUGGAACAGAUUGCUUCACAGAAGAUUCUUCUCCCCAUCAUACCUUGGUUUUUGGAGAAGUACAAACCAUGGACUGCCAAGCAAGCAGUAGUUCAGCACCUUUACUUGGGAAGAAAUGCACCAAUGCUCACAGACAUGAGAGUGGUUCGCCAGUCUACUGAUGAUGACCACCUGGUUCUGGAGUUGGGAUUGAAUUUUCUGACAGCUGAUGAUAUGAUUGCAAUACUUGCCGUGAAGUUGAGGAAAAGACUGGGUUUUGGGAUGUGGGCAAAGUUGCAUAUUACAGGCAUGCAUAUUGAAGGGAAGGUCUUGAUUGGAGUGAAGUUUCUUCGCGGGUGGCCUUUCCUUGGCCGUGUGCGGUUAUGCUUUGUUGAGCCUCCAUAUUUUCAAAUGACUGUGAAGCCUAUUUUUACUCAUGGCCUUGAUGUUACAGUACUCCCAGGGAUUGCUGGAUGGCUGGAGAAGCUUCUUUCCAUUGCCUUUGAGCAGACACUUGUUGAGCCUAAUAUGCUGGUUGUUGACAUGGAGAAAUUCGUUUCACCGAAGUCAGAAAGUUGGUUCUCUGUGAAUGAGAAGGAGCCUCUUGCUCACGCCAAAGUAGAGGUUAUUGAAGCAUCUGAUAUGAAAGCUUCUGAUCUAAAUGGAUUCUCUGACCCAUAUGUGAAGGGUCAAUUAGGCCUUUAUCGGUUCAGGACUAAGAUACAAAAGAAAACGCUGGCUCCAAAAUGGCGCGAGGAAUUUAAGAUCCCCAUUAUUACAUGGGAGUCACCUAAUAUACUGGCUAUUGAAGUUCGUGACAAGGACCGAUUUGUUGAUGAUGCCCUUGGUGAAUGCUUCAUUAACAUUGCUGAUCUUAGGGAUGGCCAGAGACAUGACAUGUGGUUGCCUCUUGAGAACAUUAAAACAGGGAGGCUACAUCUUGCAGUAACUGUUAUUGAAGACAAUGUGAAGGGGGAUGAUCAUCCAGUUGUCCAGGAAAAGGUAGAUGUGGAAGAUAAAAGAAAUUCCUUUGCCAGUGAUGCUAAUAAGAGUAGCUUCUCAUCUGCAUCAUCAGAGAAGUCCCAUAGGGUGGCAGACAAUUUUGAGCCAAUUGAUGUUGAAGGCCAAAAAGAGACUGGUAUAUGGGUCCAUCACCCAGGAAGUGAAGUUUCACAAACUUGGGAGAGUAGAAAAGGAAAGAGCCGACUCCUUGGUAACGAGAUUCAAAAUAAUGCCGGCAGCUAUAAUUCAGUCAUAUCUGCAACCCAAAAUAAUGAUGACAGUGGCACAGAUAGAAAUCCUGGGGAGAAACGGCGAAUGAAAUCAGUUUGCAAGGGUCUAAAUAGGAUCUGUUCAGUGUUCCACAGGAAUUCCAAAAAGGACUUAAGUUCAGAUAGCUUUAAAGAGUCUGUUCGUUCUGCACAUAUUAAUCUUAGGGCAGUUCAUGAGAAGGAGAUUGGGGUAAAAUUUAUUGUGGAAGACGACCUUUCUGGACCUCUUUCUAGUAAGCAUGGUGAAAAAUCUACUCGGAACAUAAAGCAUUCUACAGGGAAAGAUUCUGGAAAGUCUCAAACUGGUUCUUCUGCAGUCAAGGAAGGAAAAUUUUUAGAAGAUUUUAACUCCUCUGAUGAUGAUCCUCUUCCCAAACAAAUUGUUCUAAGAGAAACUGCAGUAGAUGCUGAAGGCCAAAAGAAGAAGGUUGUAUUGAAAUCUUUCUGAUUGGAAAUACAUUGUGGCUCAAGCAAUGAUUAAUUUAACUCAAAGGAGCAUGCGUCACCUCUGGUUCUUAAGCACUGUUGUAGCACUGUUGCUUGUCGCAUUCUCGUCCUUUCUUAGCUCUGUAAUUUUGGACUUGCUAAUUGUGCAGUUGACAAGGUACUGUUGCAAGCUGUAAGAGAUUCCCAUUUGUUUUCAUAGGUAGCCUUCCCUUGCCUUUUGUGAGGUUGAUUCUGUUCUAUUUCACCAAUGCUUCUUUUGGUGUACAUUCUAUCAUAUCCGAUGAAGAAAAACAGCAGCAUGGAGUGAUGCCUCUAUACCCAAGAAAGAAAAACCGUGAAGGUGAAACUGUGGAAAAAUUUCAAGAUACCGGAUCAGGGUCAUAUUGGAGGACUGUUUUUAUCAAAAUUCUUUUUGGGUGGAGGGGAUUUGGCUUUUUGACACUCUACAGACCUAGACCUUCAUAUGCUUGUCCUGUCAAUCUUUUAGCAUUCCUAGUUUUGUUAUGUUGAUUUGGAAAUGCUAUGAAAUUAUUCGCAACAUUGGUUU